GGCGUUAUUCUAACUCAUGGUGCUGGAGGUGAUAUGAAUACCAAACAGUUGGUGUUAUUUUCUGAACAACUGGCUAAAGAUGGAUUUCUAGUGUUGAGGUUCACAUGUAAGGGGUUGAAUUUGAUUCACAGAAGUAAUAUUUACUUACACGUUUUGGUAAGAUUCAAGCAAACCUCUAUGUUAAUGUCAUUGCCAUACUCAAAACCUUUCUUGAUGUAUGAAAAAUUUGGCAUGAUCAAAGAAGGAAGAUCAAUGGGUUCGAGAGCAGCAGUAGAUGUAGCUAACAGAAUAAAAGAUGAUUCUGACUUGAAGGAUUUUGUAACAGGAGUUAUCUGUAUUUCAUAUCCUUUAUAUCCAGCCAAAGAUAAACUGAAAAUACGAGAUAAACCCAUUCAGGAGUUAAACAAACCUGUUCUUUUUAUCAGUGGCUCAAAGGAUGAAAUGUGUGCAAAAGACACAUUACUCGACACAUUGUCACAAAACAAAAAUGUAUCUUUUUACUGGGUUGAAGAAGCAGAACAUAGCUUGGAAGGAAAAGGUUUGAAUCUUGAAGAUACUGUGAGACAGGCAUGUGAUAAGAUUGGUACAUGGUUUAAAGGAUUAGGAAUUGACUUGUGUACAUCUCAUGUCAAGAAGAAAGCUGUUAAGCGUAAAUCUAUAAAAUAA